GGAUGAGUUGUUUUUAUCUAUUUUUAUCAAAUUUUCAAAAAUUUUCAAUUUUAAUGCAGAAUAUAUAUAUAUAUAUAGCGACAAGUUGCACAUAUUGAUAAAGAUCAGUCUAUGAAAGAUUUACAAGUUAGAGGACAUUUUGGUAUUCUUAUGCAAAGGGAAGCUGAAUCUUUAUGUGCAUCUAACAAGGAACCUAUCAAGGAUAGAAAUAAUGUAACUUUUUUCCCUAAAGCACAUGGUAAAAGGCGAGAAAUGAAAACGAAAGAACUUUUAGAUGAUAUCAGCAAAACUGUUUAUUUACAGUUUCACCCACCUCCGCUUCCUGAUGACUAUAAAACAACAACAAUGUGUGAUUUUACAAAAGAUUUUGUUCCUGAUGAUAGAGUUCCUAUUCAGCAACAUGAUUUGGUUCAUGAACAGCCUGCAUCAUACUGGAGUGAAAAUCGAGACCAAAUUCAUGGUGUAACUUCAAGCAACUCGUUUCGCAAGAACUGUACAUUUAGCACUCCCAUCAGUGAGUAUAAACAUUCUCUCCCACGAUGAUGUUUAAAUUGAGGAACGAAAAAGCGAAUUGAUUUUCUACAAUUUUUAUACUAUUUAUUAAUUAUUUCAAUAUAGAUUUCUAUUUUUAUUGAUAAUAAGUGUAAUUAUAAAUAAA